AUGGGGAAGCGAUGUUCCAUGGACAUUCUGUCCGGAAGGGCAUCGUGGACCCAUACUUUUGAGCGGAAGGCCUCGUUGUGCCUUUGGGUUGGAAAAGGUGUUAAAUCACCAGGGCGUACCGUGUACGCAUGGGUAGGCACAACGAGGCGUAGCCCCGGGGCCGCCGGAACUUAUUUCCGGGUCGGGGCUAGGGGUCGAGAGGACGUGUCGUCGGGGCCGCUCGGACGUAUUCCGAGGCGGGGCUCGGCGGCGCGGAGCCCUCCGGAGCCGCUGGGACGUUUUCCAGGUCGGGGUCCGGAGGGUCGCUGGCGGGGGACUGUCGUGGUCCUGGGCAGUGUCCCGGACCCGGCAGUCUGCUCGGACGAGGGGGACAGGGGAGCCGCUCGGACUUAUUCCGAGGCGGGGUCUCACUGUCCCCCGUUGCCGGGGGGCCCGCGCGAUAGCCCACGUGUCCUAGCGCGGACCACCCCCCCGGCGGUAGACGCCAUCACGCUGGUCGCCGCGGCGGGUCGGGGUGAAAGGGGGUCGGGCUUCCCCAGACACUUCCGUCCGUCCGCGCGGCCCCACGCUUUGGGCACGCGCGAGGUGUCCGCGAGGUCGGGAGAGGAGGCGGGCGGCUCUACGCAAGAGCCCCAACCGCAGCGCCAACCCAGAGGGGCGCCAGAAGAGAGGACCUCACCUCCAUCAGAGGCCAUGGAGGUAGAGGCCCUAUCGGACGGGGGGAUAAUAAGGCCGAGUAAUGCCUCGCUCUCCCCCCCGUCCGAAUCUAAACGGAUUUGGCCUCAUACAGGCCAACGUGAACCACUCUCCACAUGCUCAGGAUCUGCUCCAGCAGAGCGUGGUGGAGAGGAGUUUCACGUUGGCGAUCGUGGCCGAGCCCCACCGCCCCCCGAGAGACAGCCUAUAUUGGGCUGUUGA